GAAUAGUCAUCUUUUUUAAAAAAAAGAGAAUUGUAAUUCAUAUGAUUGUCACUCCUUCAAGAUAGUGCGAGUUUCUAUUUAAAUAAAAGCAAACACGCUCAUAAUUUCCCCCCUUGAAAUAAGACAAAGAAAGACAGGCGGAAGUUUAAACAUUGACUUUUUUGUAAUUCUCAAGUGAAGCACACGGUUUUUUCUUUAUGAACAAACGACCUUCAUUUGUCAAUUUCCCUAUACCUUUUGAUCAUCCAUAUACAAUUCCAACACUUCUUGCCACAGUCAGUGCAUCAGCUUUACUCUAUUACUCUUUACAGGCAUCACAUAAACGUGAUUUAAAAGAGGCGAUUAGACAACAAGUCAUUUAUAAGAGAAGACACUUGAAACGAAAAGAAGACAAAUUUGCAAGUUUAAAAAUAGAAAAACAAUAUGUGAAUCCGUUCAAGGAAUGGAAUGCUAAUGUACCACUAUGGGAAUACAUUCUGUAUUGGCUGGGAAUUGGAAGGCACGACUAUUCAGCCAAGGACUUGGAACGUUUACAUGUUAUUAGGCCCAACUUGGAUAAGCUUGUAGAAAAAAAUGUAUCAUUUAUAUGGUUAGGACAAUCUACAUGUCUAUUCAGUCUUGAUGGUUUAACCAUUUUGACGGAUCCUGUGCUGGAUCAUAAAAAGCGUGCAAAGCCCUGUCCUUGUCAAAUAGAAGAUUUGAUGGGCGUUGUCGAUAUAGUUCUUGUCUCACAUAACCAUUUUGACCAUUUAGAUGAAAAUGUCGUAAAGGGACUUGGAAAUAAAGUAACAUGGUAUAUACCACUAGGAUUAAGAGAAUGGUUUGUAAAGAGAGGCGUCGAUAAUGUCAUCGAGCUUGAUUGGUGGCAAGAAAUACAUCAUAAAGACAGGCCUGAUAUCCUCAUUGCUUGUGUACCUGCAAUGCAUAGUAGCUGUUCUUUCUGGGAUAAAGACGAGUCCUUAUGGUGUAGCUUUGUAGUAAAGUCAAAGCAACAUAAAUUAUUUUUCUGCGGUGAUACGGGCUAUGUACCUGAACUAUUUCAAUCCAUUAGAGAUCUAUAUGCGCCAUUCACAAUAGCAGCGUUACCUAUUGGAACAUAUGAACCACCCAGUAUAUUUAAAUCCCUCCAUAUGAAUCCAACUGAAGCGAUCCAAGCACAUCAUGAUUUGGGCUCACCAUGUAUAUCAAUUGGUAUACAUUGGGGUACAUUUCAUCUAUCCAAUGAAAGCUACUUAUCUCCUCCUGAACUACUAGCUCGUUUAUGGGCAGCUCAGAAUACCAAUGGUAGUCAGUUUAUUACGACCUCUUUAGGUCAACUUAUAGAUAUAGAAUAAUUUAAUAAACAGGACGACUUCUCAUUGUAUUGUUAAUUUAUUUAUUAAUAUCAACUAUCUAUAAAAGCUAUGUAUUUUUUUUAUUUACAUCACCUUGUACAUUAUUUAUUCUUUGUAUCUUCUAUUUUCAU